ACUCGAUUUACGAAAUGCAUUUUACUUGACGCGCAGCAUUUUUGUUUGUUGUUUUUUGCAAAUUCCUCUUGCAAUUAAUUUUCUCGUCAUGGGAGUAGACGAUUUGCUUAUUAAAAAUGCUCAAAAAACUAUUGAUCGAUUGAUCCGGCAGUUAGCAGAAAUAGAACAAGAAGAGAAUAAUCUCGAAGAAGACGAAUACAGGGAAUUGCGUGAAGACACUGUAAAUCAACUUCAGGAAUAUGGAAAAAUAGUCGAACGCCUGCAAGGCGGAGAUGUUUCUUUAAUUGAUGAUCUCACGGCGACUAAAAUUGCGAUUCGAACAGCAAUAAGUAAAGCCUUCAAAACACCUGAAAUUAUGGCUUUAUUUGCUGGAAAACAUACUGGUCUUUUACGAGAAAAAUUGAUGAUGACAGAAACCAACUACCGAUCUCAAAAAAUGCCGAAGCAAGGGUAUCUGGAAAGGAAAUUUGAAAUUUUGAUGGCACUGAGACGCCUUGAAGAAACAUUAACAGAAGAUGAAAGGAAGUUUCUCAGUGAUCGAUUAGAAACACCAGAAUUCCAAUUAAUUGAGGCAAAUGCGAAUCGUCUUUUCAGUGGAAAUGUGUAAUUUUUAUUAAAUUAUGAAUUUUUACUUGUAUAUAAACUAUAAUUUUUUUUU